CACUGGAAAGAGAAUGCUGAAAUAACAAGCAAAUCUUCAAAAUGGCGGACGCAAGCUUUGGAAUUUCUGCCGAAGAAAAAAGAGCGGAACAUGAGAGAGCUGCGAUCAGAAAUGAGAUUCGAAGAGAUUAUCAAAGGAAAGUCAAUGAUCCAAAGGCAAAGGGCAUGGUGUUGGAUCCAGCGGUGGUCCGGUGGAACCACGCCAGACACAGCUCCUAUCAGUUCUUCAAAGCUACUCCAAGGACCUCAGCCCUCGGUUUCCUGUUCGGACUUCUACCUCCAGUGGGCUUGAUUUACAUCUUAGGAAAGUACAAGAAAUACGAAAAGAGAAUGUACGCAGAGGGCAAAUGGCAGAAACCAAGAGCGUUACUAAGAGGAUGAUGGUCUUCAGCUGCUCUUCUAAAUCCAGUGGGGCAUUAGAGGACACGAGAAUCUCCCCAUUGUUUUUUGUGGAUUUGUAAUGGCAGUUUUGUACAUUGAAGAGUAAUACAAUUAUAAUGUUUUGGUUUGAAAAAUGCUUCGAUAGUGUGUGGCAGUUUGAAAAAUGUUUAUUUCCCAAGAUAAAUCUUUUUGGCUAUUCCCAAGGAUUAGGAUUUCAUCUCUAAAAAGAAUUCAAAAAAAUAACUUAAUUUAAAAGUUUCUCAUCACCAAGACCUGAAACAUUUCAAUACAAAAAGAUAUUUGAAACAACAGUUCUAACUGAAGAAAAGAAGUUUACAAGAGUUCGCUUGGUUUGAUUUUGAGAUAGUUAUAAACAUUUGGCAAGUUGGAUAGCAUUUUUCAACACAGUAAGCAUGUUAAAAAAAAAAUUUCUAAUUUGUUUGAAAACUGUGAAUAUUAAAGAUUGAUUAUAACUCAAAAUGA